AUGUCGUCUCCAGUCUUCAUGAUGAUUAAAUUGAUUGGAGGGCCAAUUCUGUCCAACAGAGUGAUUUUGCAACUUGCUUUUCGACAGGCAAAGACUAUGGGAUACACCAGAGUACUUGUGGCAUCACUUGGCGCCAUAAUCGUUGCUGUGUCAUCGUUCAUCAAAGUACCGCACAUAAAGAAACUUCUCAAGCCGAAAACAGCAUUACAAAGAGCACAUUUAGUUGAGGGGGUUCUGAAACAGUCUGUGCAGUUGGAAACAUUGGCUCAGUUUGUACACGUGGCAUACAAUAAACAACAAGGAAACUCUUUUGUCAACUAUGGCGAGUCGCUUUUGUUGGGUUUGCAAAACACGGUACUUCUUUUGGUUAUCGAAUAUUACCAGAUAAGAAAAGCUGUCUAUUUGUCUUCUGCGAUCCUGGAUAACGAGCAAAAAGAGAAGUCUUUACGCAAACUCGUUCUGCCUAUGCUUACCAUUACAGGUCUUAUUGUGUAUAUCACAAAAAUUGCACCUCCAGGUUUGAUUCUGGCACUUCAGCUCGCCAAUAUUCCCAUUUCAAUUGCGGCCAAAGUUCCACAGAUUAGAAAGAAUACCAUGCUAAGAUCGACGACACAUUUAUCUGGCAUCACUGUGGGUGCUAAUGUUCUUGGGUCAUUGGCUCGCGUAUUCACCACCAUGUCAAACUUCAAGCGGAGCCAAUUCAGAGAUUUUGUAUUGCUCACAGGGUACCUGUCAUCGCUUUUGUUAAACUCAGUGCUUGUGGUACAGAUAUGGAAGUACAGAAAUGAGAAUUUUAACUGA